CUACUUUUAUUAUUGUCGUCUUGUUACAGAAGUACAAGAUUACAGCGAUUCUUUGUAGGAAAUCGUCGGGAUGUCUAGACCUACCGCUGCGUCGUGGGUAAGCGAACCGAUGAUGCCCUGGACAGACGGGAAGCCUUGGUUGGCUUCUUCCCACACGCGUGCCAGUCCUCGCGAGGCCCCGCCGAGAAGUUGUCGCUCCUGCUGCGAGGGCCUGAUCUCUGUAACGAGGUCUCCGGGAUCUACCGACGCCUGGAGCGAGGCCGGGACCCUCUUCAGCAGAGACUCGGCUCCCCAACCUCCCCGCCUUUCCUCUUCCGCUCACUCGGUCCCCGGAAGCUCCCGCCGGCGCUCACGCACGCGCGCACUUCGGUUAGGCUCCGAGGAGGGAGAACGGUGGAGGCGUGGCAGCGCGUGCGCAGGGCAAGUGAGGACCGGAACGCCCGUCUCGGCGCGAGAGUCUGUAGCGGUCGCAGUUCCCAGAUAUACUUUUGACAUCAUGGAUCGAUAUGGAGAUAUAUCAGAAGGUGAAGUGGACCAUUCUUUCUUUGACAGUGAUUUUGAAGAUGCAAAAAAGUGUGACAGUAAUUUAGUUUUUGACAAGCAAAAUGAUGACCUUAAGGAAAGAAUAGAUAAGGACACCAAAAAUGUAAACUUGAAAUUUGAAAUACAAGAUGAUGACCUUAAAGAGAGAAUAGAUAAUGAUACCGAAAAUGUGAACUUGGAACUUGGAAUCAAAACAAAGGAAAAUUACCUUACUCAGAAAGGAAAUGAAAGAAAAGCAAAAGUUUCCUCAAAGGAAUACCAUGUAGAAAAUGAUCCUACACAAUCAAGAAGUUCCUCGUUGUCGACUGCUUCUUCAAGAUCAAAAAAAUCGUGUGAUGAUGCAAAAGGACAUAAAUUACACUUGUCUGUUGCAAAUAGAAUUCCUAAAAUUGUAAAAGGUGAGGAUGAUUACUACACAGAUGGAGAGGAAAGCAGUGACGAUGGGAAAAAAUUCCAUGUGAGGGCCAAGUCAGCUAAGCCCUCCAACAACUUAAAAAAAAACGCAAAUAAAAAGUAUUCCAAAAUCAGUUCCUCCUCUUCUUUGUCUUCCUCAUCUUCAAGGUCAAGUUCAGACUGCUCAGAUACAGGAUCCGAAACCCAUAAAUCUGAUUCACGCUCAUCAUCAAGGAAACAUGCUUCUGGUGUAACCCUCUCGUCACCAAAACAGAGGUGUAAAUCAGGAAGAAAAUCAGUGAGUACACAGCCUGCAAGUGCUAAACCAAAAGCUGGUAACUACAAUGAGGAAUCAGAGGAUGCUAUAACAGACGUAACUCCUUUGUCAACGCCAGACAUCAGCCCUAUCCAGUCGUUUGAACUAGGCACGUCACAUGAUCAGAAAGUAAAAGUUAAAAGGCAAGAAAAUGUGAGCCGGGAUGUGUAUGAGGAUGUGGAGCCUUUAAAACAUGAGCCAAGACCUCUGAAAUCAGCCAGAAGGAAAGAAAAGCAAGGGCAGAAUUUUGCUCCAAAAUCAUCAGUGUUCGAUGCAAAUCUAGACCAUAGAUCCAAACAGAAAGUCUUACAUGACACCAUGGACCUUAAUCAUAUGCUGAAAGGCAGAGGACGUAGCUCAGUAGUACCGUGCUUGGCUAGAAUGGACAAGACCCCGGGUUCAGUUCCCACCACCACCCAACAAAAAUCAUUUGCUUUUCUGCAGUUAGAUAAAAAGGGACCACAAAAACAUCACUUUGAGCAGCCUUCUGUAAUGCCCAGGAAAAACUACUCUUUCACAAGAGAAGAGGUGAGACAGAUCGAUCGGGAAAAUCAGAGGCUUCUGAAAGAACUGUCAAGACAGGCUGAAAAACCAGGAAGCAAAAGUACAAUUCCCGGAAGAUCGAUUGGCCAUCCCCCUAAGUUAUAUCAUAGUGCUCUCAACAGACAGAGGGAACAACAAAGGAUUGAAAGAGAAAAUUUGGCUUUAUUGAAACGGCUUGAAGCUGUGAAACCAACAGUUGGCAUGAAGCGCUCUGAACAGCUGAUGGACUAUCAUCGAAAUAUGGGUUAUCUCAACCCUUCACCAUCCAUUAGACGAGUGAGAUCUACUCUUGGCCAUUAUAGCCCACUGAGAGGAGCUUCCAGGACAUCCAGUGCGACCAGUGGCUUCAGUUGUAAGACUGAUCGAUCAAUGUUAGAUGCAACCAGUGGCUUUUUGCUAAGACCGAAACCCCCGAAUGUUCGUACUGCUUGGUUGUAAAACCUUUUUUUACAUUGUUCAUCUUAUUUUAACAAUGUAUUUUUAUGUAUUACUGUAACUCUUUGUAAACAUCUGUAAUACUUUUUUCAACAAUUUAUACAAUAAUGAGUAUAAUUUAUUGUUAUUCAGAGCAAAAUUGUUACCAAAACACACUUUGACGUAAAAAUCAGUGUUUCGUAUAGUGGCGUGUGUGUAUAGGAACUCUGUGUGUUUUAACAGAGAGCAGUGUUGUGCAUGGCUCUUUCCGUGGAAAUUCACUAGUGAUGCUGACAAACGCUGAUGAUCCCUGUGGAGCCAGGACACUCACUCUGCUUACUCUGUUGUUUUCAGUUAUUGUAAGCAUGACUGUAUGCAUCUCAUGCCUCUGUGUCUUUAGAGUGCCUGCCACAUGAGCCAUCACUUGGUUAUGUGAUUGUUACACUCCUUAGGAAAAACAUCUUGAAAUUUGUUUUCAUGGACGAGCUGAUUUCUAUUUGAUGAGGAGGGUGAGCAGCUUGUACUGGUGCAGUUCUUGAUUCACCAAAGGUUCCUCUCUGUUAAGUUUGAUUGGCCACUCCACACCAUUUCACACUGGAUAACUUUUUAUGCAGUCAGGUAAAGUACUCACGGAUUCUGAGGAAAGAGGUGGCUUUAACAGCCUACUGUAAUCCUGUGGCUGAUUUGUAGCCAGAUCAUUUGCAUCAUAAACAAAAGCAAAUAUUUGUUGGGUCAGUGAGCAAUAUUCCAAGCUUGAAGAACCAAGAAGCAGCCCCAGGGUAUGUUAGCGAGUGUCUGAAAUGAUACUGUUAGUGUGUGCUGUCAUUGCGUACUUGCUGUAUUAAUAGAAGGUUAGAGCCUGGAAGAAACGCUUUAGAAAAACCAGUUAUAAACAAGAAAAACUAAUCACAUUUCUUACAGCUACUGCCUUAAACAUUUGUGAAUUUUCUUGGUUUAUUUUGGCUAAAUCCGAGAAGCACCAUUUUUACUAAUCUGACAUCUGAAGGCCUAUUUAUCCUGCUGGGCUCGUGACACAUGACACAUAGAUGCAAUAAAUAUAGUUGACUAUGAAGACUGAAAUAUGUUUGUGUCAGCCUGUAGACUGUUACUUUAUGAACAAAGUGAUAUUUCAUAGUCUUAACUUUUUCAUUGCUGGUCUUGUUAGUGUACCUUUAGGAUGUAUAAAUAAAUUUCAUAGUCAGUGACACGUUUUUCUUGAAAUAGGAAUUAUCUCCAGCCGCAGUGAGCUCUGUCAGGUUUCAGUGCUCCUGCAGUGUGGCAUGUCUGCCACACCUGCGUCUCCCUCGUUAGCACCAAGGCCGCCUGCACUUUACCAAUGCCAGGUCAUACGAUGUUGGUCUUGGUUUAAUAGGUUGUGUUUUAGAUAGAGCAGCAAAGGUUGGGAAUGAUGAGGCUAAAAAGGUUGCUGAGCACAUACACCAGACACACAUAUGGUAAAUGUGCAUACACCACAUAUACACAAACACACACAUAUGGUAAAUGUGCAUACACCACACACAUACACAAAUACACAUAUGAUAAAUAUGCAUACGUCACACAAUACACAAACACGCCCAUACAAACGGUAGAAGUGCAUACAUCACGCACAUACACCACGCACACAGUGGAUGGAACACAGCACAACUGAAGGUUUCUCUGCUGCUUCCUGGGGACUGUAACAUUAUUUGAGAUCUGUCUCUUUGUUCUAGUAAACAAGAUUUUAUAACUGCUUUAUAUAACCUUCAGCUAUAUAAACAAAGGUUUUAUUUUUGUCUUAAUUUUUUAACUUUUAAAGUUUGUGUGACAACAAAAUGCAGCAUUUCGGCAUUUGCCCAAUAGUGAGUCAGUCACUUUUUACAAUGUAAGUUUGAGGGGAAAAGUGUGUAUAUAUAAAACAUUUUAUGUUCCCAGUGGCAUACCCUGUGAGUACAUUUUAUUUGAUCUCUCCAAGUUCCAUAGAAAAGCUGUACUUUGAUUUUAAAUGCUAAUUUAUGCCUUAGUUUUUACUAUUUGAAAGAAGUUUGUCUAAGUAUUACUGAUAACAGGGAUUCAAGAGAAAAGCAACCAUCUUUUAAAAACAGUUCACAGUGUUGUAAAUGCUACAUGAUGGUGGUAGGUGGAUGGAUAGGAGCUCCAAACAGAAUUCUCUGAUGUGCCUAAGGUGAGGAGGCAUUUGUAGCAGAGGUGUCGUGAGUGCAAGAGUGUCUCCAACUUCCCCAGCACAAUCAACACUGUGGAGGGCUGUGGGCAGGGGCCGGCUUGUCCUUACUGAAGCUCCGCACCUGCAGCUGGAAAGCAUGCUGGUCCGUGGCCCGUGGCCAGAGCUCACUGAGAACUGUUCUCAUCUCCGUCAGAUGCUAUUACCUCCUUUUCUAGUAAGAUUUGGUCAAAGAUUUCAAACUAUUACAAUUAUUUCUUAAGGAGUAGCUACUACCUCUUUCUCCCCCAGUUUUUUCGGUCUCCAUUAAGAACUGGUCUUGACAGUUAUUCCACUAAACUUUGUGGUUUGCCUGUAAGAUAAAGCCAUGCAGCUGUGUCCCACCCAAGCCUCAAAACGGAUUGCACAGCUUCGAAAGACGACUGUCUAGGUCUGCUUCUCACCUCCAGAUGGAUGCAGCAGCUCCAGAGUAUUAAGGCUGAUGUAGAGCUGAAGAUGAAACUUUAUCUUAGUUAGCAAUCAAACACUGUGUCAUCUUAAUGUAAGUGACUGUAUACCGUCAUAGAAUGUGCUCACUGCUAAUGGCUGAAUUGCUUAUGUUCAUGAAUAAAGAUUAGCAAACUUUUAAACCA